CGGGAUCAUUCCAACCAUUUUUCUUCAUUUUCUCAUGAUUAACCGUUCUCACUUUCCUAUAUUCCGUUCUCACCGUCACCACUACUUCGAACCAUCAUCACUACAGGCUUUCUUCGUUGCCAGCCUUUGGAACGAUCAUUAACAGUAGAUUUGUUAUUAUCUCGCAUCAGGAGACUAACUUGUUCGUGUUAAUCUCAGGCUCUUUAUUGCGAAAUCCGGCUCUGAUCUGAUGAACCGUCCUAUUCUUAUCUGCUUCAAUUGCGGGGCCGGUCUCGACGUCGAUGCGUCCUAUACAAAGUCGCUAGACCAGGAUCUCGAGCUGCUACGAUCCGGAGACGCGUUGUUAUCCGCUGAAGCACCUCUCUUCCCCCAGUUCAUCAUGCGUGCAGAGUUCGACCUCAUUCGAUAUGAUCGAGAGAUCAAGCAUCAUUUAGACACGAUCGAGCGGCUGAGGCGUGAUCGUGCCGAAGUUGAGGAGUACAUCAAGCAAAAGAAGUCUCUCUUAGCGCCUAUUCGUCGUCUCCCGCCAGAAUUGCUUUGUGCCGUUUUCAAGGAAGCGAUAAGGGUCGAGGACCCGACAUCUUCAUUGCGAAUCGCGCUCGUAUGCUCCUACUGGCGUCGUCUCGCCCUCGGUACCUAUUCAUUGUGGUCCACGAUCACCCUAGAUUUACAAUGCCCAUUUUCCAAGUCAUCCCGUGAUAUUUACGGGGCUUGGAUCCCUCUUUACCUCCACCGCUCCGAAGGCAGACCUCUUCAAGUCGUAUUCCGAGAUAGUAGGCACAAUGAUGCCGAUUUGGAUACCUGGCCGUCGCAAGCAGUCUUAUCUGCUCUUUUUGCGGAGGCACGACGCUGGAGAGAGGUUCACAUCUCUUUCAUGCAUUCUCGAUCUUUCUAUUUCCUCAGAGAGCUCAUCAAAGUCAUCACGUUCCCUGGACUGGAAUUACUCGAUGUCACAUAUUUCGGGGGAUCGAAUGGCAUCGAUGCCAUGACAUCGGUUAUCCUCCUCGCUCCCAAUCUUCGAACGCUCUCUUUCAGAGGGCAUCUCUUGUCCAAUAAUGACGGAGCGCCCAUGCCUCCGAACAAGAUCCGCACGUUCAGGGCAGACAUGGUCCUCAGCGAUAUUGGACACUUUGUUUCGACCAUCGCUUCUAUGCCUGAAUUGACCCACGUCACGGUCGGAUGCUUUACGUGCCGCUACUCCGUCGACCGUCCCCUCGAAGUGCUAUCCCACCUCACUUCGUUGACCCUUCUCAUGCAUGAUUACUCCUACAAUAACCUCCAAGCCAUCAUCAAACCUCUAUUGCUACCGAAUUUAUCAUCGCUAUCUUUAGUUCACGAGAAAGGUGCUUCUACCCGAUGCUUUUUGAAAUUUGCACACCUAGAGCAUCUUCUCCAGUCCUGUGCAGAUUCAUUGCGGUGGCUUCAUAUAUUGUACCUUCCUAUUGAAGCGAAGGAUUUGAUACUUGUGCUCGAGAAAAUUCCAGGGCUUCACGAGCUCGUUAUACACUGGCCUAAGACGUCCCGUGCGUCGAUGGAAGCGAUUAUCCGGUACCUCUCGGAGACGCGUCAAGUAAAGCUACCACAGUUAAUGUCGCUUGAGCUCGUGUGGUGUCAGGAGAUUGACGAGAGGAUGGUGAUGGACAUGGUAGAGAUGCGGACGACCUGCACACCUCUUCAUCGAGUGUCUUUGGGCAGGGAUGUCCCUCGUGCCAAUCUGAUAGACAAGACAAAGAGGUAGACGCAGGAUUUGCGCUUCCUUGGGCUAGGCGCAUGAGAAGGGCGGCAAUUGAAUAAAUAGGUGACAUAAGAGGAGAGAUGAUUUGGGUUUUUCCUUUUCAUUAACGUAAUAACAUGCCAAUGC